AUGGCCGCUGCGAUGGCUUCGGGAUCGUCAUCGUCGAGCGCCAAUGCGGGCCCGAGCGACUCCAAGAAGCUCGCCAUCACAUCGCAGCUCAUGUCCGGAUUCAAGCCGGCCAAGGUGUUUACGCAGUAUACCACCAAGGGCACUUCGAUCACCUCGGCCUCUUUCGACGACACGGGCGCAUUCUGCGUGACGACGGGGCAAGACGAUCACAUUCAGCUGUACGAUGUGCGCACGGGCACGCACAAGUCGACGUGCGCCUCGUUCAAGUACGGCGCCCACCUGGCGCGCUUCACGCACAGUGCGCACGCGCUCAUCUAUGCGUCGACCAAGGAGAACAACGCGAUCCGCCAGUACAGCUUCAAGACCAAGGCGUAUGUGCGCUACUAUCUGGGCCACGAGAAGCCCGUGGUGUCGCUCCAGAUGAGUCCGCAGAACGACACGUUUCUGUCGGCGAGUGUGGACGAGGCGGUGCGGCUGUGGGAUCUGCGCUCACCCCACCACGUCGGGCACAUGAACGUGCGUGGACAUCCCGUCGUCGCGUACGAUCCGUCCGGCAGGGUAUUUGCGGUGGCGAUCAACGAGCGCGCGACGGUGCUGCUGUACGAUCUGCGCAAGUUCGAUCAGAAUCCGUUCGAGGUGAUCCAUCUGGACGACUCGGCGGCGCUGUCCAAGGUGUCGAUGCCACCGCGCGUGCCCGUCAUCACGUCGCUCACGUUCAGCAACGACAGCCAGUACCUGCUGCUGGGCACUUCGAGCGACGUCCACUAUGUGGUCGAUACGCUGCCCGAGUCCGGGCAAGAGGCGGGCGUGGUGGCGAGGCUGGUGGGGCACGAGGGACUCGAACGCGCCUCGGGCACGGCCAUGGGCAUGGUCGCCGAGGCAGGCAUCAGCGGGCAAGAGGUGUGCUGGAGCCCGGACGGCAAGUGGGUGCUCUCCGGCUCGGCGGAUGGCUCGGUGGUCUUUUGGCACAUCGACCUGGACGAGGCGCGGCGCAACGAGUUCCGCAACCUGCGUCCGCGCUUCAAGCAGUCCGGCCACGACGCCACCAGUCGCGUGCUCGCCUUCAAUCCGCGAUUCGCUCAGUUCAUGAGUGCCGGAGCGGAAGUUGCAUUCUGGCUGCCCGAACUGCCAGAAGAGCGCAGCGCAGCGCAGCCCAGCCAGCGGUCGAAUGAGCGCCGAGUCGAGGCUUCUCCAGAUAGGCAGCGCUUAGGGGUCCUUGCUGGUGGUCCACCUGGAUACGGCGAUAGAAUCGAGCACACGCCCCCAGCUCUGGCAUCCACUAGGUGCAGCCAGCCUCGAACCUCGAACGCGGCUCGAACGCGCGGCCCGUUUGCCACACGAGAUCUCUCGCAGCCGCUGGUCGUCUGCGCAUCUUUGUGCGAGAUGCUGUCCACGCUGACGGACGGCGCACGACGCGCCAUGAACUCGACCGUGCACGUCGACUGGUCGCUGUACGGCGGAGCCGAGCGCACCUCGCCACCCACCACCGCGCCGCGUCCGCAUCUGCGCUCGCACGUCUCGAGCACCUCGUCAUCGUCCACGUCGUCGGCACGCAACUCGCGCGCGUCCUCGCCGCAGUUCUCGCACACCGCCGACUCGUCCACCUCGUUCACCAGCGACGACGACGAUGCCCCUUCCAACACCGCGAAGCACGAGCUCGACGACGCGCCGCUGCCCGACGUCUCUCGCGCGCAAAACACCAUGCUGCCGCCCGGAUCGCAGUCGGUUAGCGCACAAGCUACCGACGGCAAGGCGUGGAUGCCCCGCAUCGCAUCCACGGACCAGCAAGAUUUCCUCUGGAUGCACACCGAGGAGCCGCACCGCUCGCGGCGCAUGGCCAUCCUCAAGGCGCAUCCCGAAGUGCGUCGGCUCAUGGGCUACGAGCCGCUCACCAAGUACGUCUCGCUCGGCGUGCUGCUGCUCCAACUCGGCCUGGCGGUGUAUCUGGGCAAGCACACGUCGCUGCAUCCGUUUUCAUGGCAGUUCCUGCUUCUCGCCUACGCCGUGGGAGGUACGGCGAACCAGAACACGUUCCUGGCGAUCCACGAGAUCACGCACAACCUCGCCUUCCGCGGGCUGCGCGCCAACCGUGUCUGGGCGAUUCUCGUGAAUGGCGCCAUUGGCGUGCCGUAUGCUAUGGCGUUUAAGCCGUACCAUCUCGAACACCACAAGUACCUCGGUGAGGACGGCACGGAUACGGAUCUGCCCACGAAGCUCGAGAGUGUGCUGUUGCGCAACGUGCUCGGCAAGACGUUCUUUGCCACGUUCCAGAUCUUCUUUUACGCGCUGCGUCCCGGCUUCGUUCGAGCCCAACGACCGACGAUCUGGCACGCCCUCAACAUCGCCUUUAUCGCUGUGCUCGAUGUUGCACUUGUGCGGUACGCGGGAUGGAGGGCGCUGGUGUAUCUGUUGGAGAGCAGCUUCUUUGCGGGCAGUUUGCAUCCGUGUGCAGCGCAUUUUAUCGCCGAACACUACAUGUUUGGCGGGAUCCAGCAAGAGACCUGGUCGUACUAUGGACCGCUCAACGUGCUGGCGUAUAACGUGGGGUAUCAUAACGAGCACCACGACUUUCCCAGCGUGCCAUGGACACGGUUGCCACAGCUAAGGAAGAUGGCACCCGAGUUUUACGAUGUGCUGCCGCGCCACACGAGCUGGCCCAUGGUGACGGUGCGGUUCAUCUUGGGCACCGACUCCGGGCUGUGGGCUAGGAUCAAGAGGCCCAAUCGAGACGCGUUGCGAUCGCACGCCAAGACGCAGUAG